AUGGAGACCGCCAAGCUCAACCCCAUCAUCCGGGAUGUCUACGCGGCCGCUGGUCGUGUCCAGCAAGCUCCGGCCGCGGCGCGGAGGGGCAGCAGCUGCCGGGAGCUCAUGGUCAAGCUGAUGGAGGGGCAGUACGUGCUGUGCCGCUGGACCGACGGGCUCUAUUACCUUGGGAAGAUCAAAAGGGUAAUGUGGGCACCCCAAGUGCAGCUAGUCACGUUUGAGGACAACUCCAAGUACUGGGUCCUCUGGAAGGAUAUCCAGCAUGCCGGUGUCCCUGGAGAGGAACCCAAGUGCAACAUCUGCCUGGGAAAGACGUCAGGUCCCACGAAUGAAAUCCUCAUCUGCGGGAAGUGCGGGCUGGGUUAUCACCAGCAGUGCCACGUCCCAGUGGCGAGCGGUGGUGAGGGCCCACUGGGGACACCGUGGUUCUGCCGCCGCUGCAUAUUUGCCCUGGCUGUGCGGAAAGGGGGUGCCCUGAAGAAGGGGGCCAUUGCCAAGACGCUGCAAGCCGUCAAGAUGGAGCUGUCCUACAACCCCGACCUGCUCGAGUGGGACUCCCCACACCGGACCAACCAGCAGCAGUGCUACUGCUACUGUGGUGGCCCCGGCGAGUGGUACCUGAAGAUGCUGCAGUGCUACCGCUGCCGGCAGUGGUUCCAUGAAGCCUGCACCCAGUGCCUCAACGACCCCAUGAUGUUUGGAGACCGGUUCUAUGUGUUUUUCUGCUCCGUGUGCAACCAGGGACCUGAGUACAUCAAGCGCCUGCCCCUGAGAUGGGUGGAUGUCGUCCAUCUCGCCCUCUAUAACCUGGGUGUGCAGAGUAAGAAGAAGUACUUUGACUUUGAGGAGAUCUUGGCCUUUGUGAAUCACCACUGGGACCCGCUGCAGCUCGGGAAGCUGACGGGUACCCCCACCUCUGAGCGUGGCCCCCACCUCCUCAACGCGCUCAACAGCUACAAAAGCAGGUUUCUGUGUGGGAAGGAAAUCAAAAAGAAGAAAUGCAUCUUCCGCCUGCGGAUCCGUGUCCCACCGAACCCCCCCAGCAAGGUGCUGCCAGAGAAAGCCCCCGGCGUGGGAGAGAGUGGCUCCUGCGAGUUGAAGAAGAGGGGAAAGAGCAAAUACGUCCAUAAAGACAACCUGCUGCCACGGCAGCUCCAGCAGCAGAAGCGGCGAGCAGCGCGGCGCAAGAGGGCCAAGUUCCUGCUGGAGGACGCCAUUCCCAGUAGUGACUUCACCUCGGCCUGGAGCACCAACCACCACCUGGCCAGCAUCUUCGACUUCACGCUGGAUGAAAUUCAGAGCCUGAAAAGUGCCAGCUCGGGACAGACUUUCCUGUCAGAUGUGGACUCCACAGAUGCUGCCAGCACCUCGGGCUCAGCUACCACAAGCCUCUCGUAUGAGUCCAGGUGA